GUUCUCUCAGCUCUCCGUGCGCACACACGGAGCUCCGUAACGCGACUGUUCACUUGUCAAAUUUCAGGCAGAUCCCACCUAGAUUGGACUCUGAUGCAAAAACACUGCAGCCGAGGUGAUUUGUGGACUGUUGACCCGUCACUGAUGGGAUCUUAUCAACUUCUGUUGCCUCAGGUUCCUUAAAGCCUCCAUGGAGCUCAUCCAGGCCACCCAGCUGCCUCUGGAGGCCCCUACACCUACGUGGAGCAACAGCUUCAGUCCCCCUUACUCCCAUUUCCUGCUCGUCUCCACUACUUCUGAAUCGCUUCUUGGCUUCAGCCCGAGUGACAGCUCUUUCCUUUUUAACAGCACCUGCCAGAACUGCACCAAACCAGAGCCUGGAUCCCUCCCUGGCUUGGCUGGAGUCUUCAUCCCUCUUAUCUAUGGAAUAGUGUGUGUUGUUGGCCUCAUAGGCAAUACUCUGGUCAUCCAUGUUAUAGUCAACUACACUAAGAAUGAGUCAGUCACCAAUAUCUACAUCCUCAACUUAGCCAUUGCAGACGAGCUCUUCAUGCUGGGCCUGCCCUUUUUAGCGGUGCAAAAUGCUCUGCUGUUUUGGCCCUUUGGCUCUCUGAUGUGCCGUGUGGUCAUGACAGUGGACGCCAUCAACCAGUUUACCAGCAUCUUCUGCCUGACCGUGAUGUCAGUGGACCGCUACCUGGCUGUCGUGCACCCCAUCCGCUCCUUCUGGUGGCGGCGCCCCCGUGUAGCCAAGGCCAUCAGUGCCACAGUUUGGGCAGGGUCCUUUGUGGUGGUGCUGCCGGUGGUGGUGUUUGCAGAUGUGCUGAAGGACGAUGGGAACUGCAGCAUCGUGUGGCCUGAGCCAGCAGAAGUGUGGAAGACGUCUUUCAUUGUGUACGCGUGCACUGUGGGCUUCUUCUGCCCCCUGCUGGUCAUCUGUCUGUGUUACCUGCUGAUCGUCAUCAAGGUGCGCAGUGUUGCAAAGCGGGCGCAGGCCACGUCCUCUCGGCGCAGGAGGUCGGAACGUAAAAUCACCAGGAUGGUGGUUGUGGUGGUGGCAGUGUUUGUGUUUUGCUGGCUACCAUUCUACGUUCUGAACAUCGUCAACCUCCUUGUGGUCCUGCCUGGGGACUUCAGGGGGCUCUACUUUUUUGUUGUCGUGCUGUCAUAUGCCAACAGCUGCGCCAACCCCAUACUGUACGGAUUUCUGUCUGACAACUUCAAGAGAGGCUUCAGGAAGGCCCUGUGCGGAGCUUCACGCAGGGUGAAGAACAACGACAGGGCCGCCACUGAGGUACAGCGACCAACAGAGGAGUGGGGCGGCAUUGUGCUCCAAGCACAGAAAAGUGAAGGAGUCAGCAAGGUGCAUAGGAAAGACUGUGGUGAAAAAGAAGAAGAGGAGGAAGUCAAUGGAACAGGAGGGGCCAUACAGAUGAGUGAAAUAUGCAAAACGUCACAAAAUGGAAACCACAGUGGCGUAACAGAGGGCUCAAGGACACAGGUCAUGCAGAGAGAUAAACCUGAUCCAGAGCACUCGAGUCAGAGUGCCAAAUAUGGAGAAGGCGCUGAGAAAGGCCCAGGCUCUGAUCCUGCUGAGGCAGCAUCCCCUGUGGCCAGUAAAUGUAGAAUCAGCAGGUCAAAACCUGACGAAUCCCUGGACAAUAAUUCUGUGCUUGAAAUCAGCUCCUUGUAACAGAUGACGUGAGUUCAGUGGAUUUUGGUGCCACUUAAAGUAUUUCUCAGACUUUUGAAACAGCUGUGAAUAUUACAAACAACUGUGGGUUACAGAUUACCGGCUCAGUGUUCAUGUGAAGUGACUGUUGUCUUAAAGUUGUGGUCAGACCUUUUGCUUGGCUGAUAUUUGCAUUAUGUAACAGUCUGCCAAUAUCAAUGCAAUUGUUUUUGACAUGGUGUGAGAAUGUAAAAAAAAAGAUAUAACUGACAAAAUCUAAAAUCAGGCAUAAUGUCAGCCAUGUUGGAUUGAAACACUGGCUGCAAGUAAUGUGAGGUAGUGUUCAGUUAUUGUUGCAAGCAGACCUGCAGAAACACUUGUAUGCUCAAGACUGACGGGUCAUUUUUUAGGUUUAGAUUUUUUGUUCUUGAUUUCUCACUUGAUUGUGAGACUGUUUUGCCAACUGGUCUGGUCCCUUUAAAGGGCAACAACGGCCACUUUCAAAAUUCAUGUAUGUUUCUGUUUCUGUUAAAGACAGUCCAAAAAUAUUUGUAAUCAUAAACAACUCUCGCCCAAAUCCAUAAACUGGAGUGCUAAAACUCAAAUCUGUGAUGUCAUCAAGUACAAAGUCUGGAGCUGCUCCCUAGACAAAAAAUAUGGAAAGAUGUUCUAGAUCAGUGAUUCCAAAUCGGUGGGUCACGGUCCAAAAGUGGGUCGCGAGUCCAUUCUGAAUGCACCGCAGUGACUCGAAUACCCUUUUUCCAUUGUCACUCUUGGCCAUGCUGCCUUAAGCUGCAUCAGAGAUGGACCUUCUCUGGAGGAGACCAGAGAGAAACGCAUUUUUUAAAGUCUCCAGUUAGGAACCACUGAUCUAGAUGCCACUGCAUGCCCCCAGGGGAAUGUUCUGAGUAUAUUGGUACAUUUUUUUUGUUUCAGAGCUGAGAACACUACAAUCGAAUGAAGCUCAUUUGGGUAUAAAAAAGAAAACAAACUUUCUGUGGGUCUACAAAUGGCCUGUGGAGCAGCUCCACACUUUAUACCCCAUGACAUCACAAGUUACUUACUUGAUUUCUGGCUUUGAGAGAGAGUAGCUCAUGUUCACAAAUACUGACUGAACUUUCCAAGGCAAUGGAGAUAACAUGUUGGAAUUCUUAAUUUCAGCUUGUGUUCCCCUUUAAACGGACAAAAGACCAGGCUUUACACUAUGACGGUCAUCCCAGGUUAAUGUAACCCUGAUAAAUACUUUAUCUUUUUAAAUAUUAUAUUCUGUAACAAUAUAUAUUUAUUUAUUGCUGUCAUGUUAAAAAGGACUGCCACAAGGACUUCUUUUGAUCAGGAACAUCAUGUUCUGAAAUGGCUAAUGCAUUGUAUGAAUCAUAUCCCAGUGGGACAUAACUAAUGACCCAUUGUGAAAUGAAAAAUGUCAGCUUUGUUUACUUUAUAUUCUUACUAAAACAGCCCACAAAGCUUAAUUGUUGUGUUUUCAAAAACAUUUUACUGUCAGCUGUUUAGUGCUUUUGUCAAACCUUUCUGUAACAUCAGUACUGUGCAUGUGUGAGCAUACGUCCAUGGAGCGGGACAUCAGUGUAACUCUGUCGCUGCAUUUCUUCAAAGCAAUCAAAUCUUUUCCCCAUUUAAAAGGUCCAGUAUGAAGGAUUUAGUGGCAUCUAGCAGUGAGGAAACUUCUCCCGUGUGCUAUGCGUUUGGGAGAACCACAGUGGCCAGCGUGAAAACUCAAAUAGCCCUAUAUUGAAUCAGCGCUUGAUCUUUUUGUUCUGGGUGAUCCAAGUGUCCUGAAGCCCCGACAUAAAAAG